UUUCAGAAGAUAGAAAUUUGGUCGAUUUAUACUGGUGCAUUCUUCACGUAUAAUUGUUAGAAAAUAGAAGAAAAUUAUUAAAAUGACAUCAUUAACUGAUGGCAGUUAUCGAUACACACGACUGAAUGACCUGCCUUCAUCUUCAACAGAGUUUUUUACUGACACCUUACAGAAGCAACAAAUAAUAUUGACUGAUCAGGACAAAGAUCUGGAAAAAGUAGGCGAUUCUGUGCAAAUAUUGAAAAAUAUGAGUAGUCGAAUUGGAACGGAGCUCGAAGAGCAAUCAAUAAUGUUGGAUGAUCUAAGUACGGAUAUGGAACGGACGGGGAUAAAGUUGGAUGAAAUGAUGAAAAAAAUUGCUAAAUUGACCAAUAUGAACGAUGAUAAGAGGCAGUGGAUGGCGAUUCUUGUUCUUUCUGUAUUAUUGUUCCUUAUUGUUCUUUUGUUCGUGCUGCUGUAGAUUAUUUUUGUUUAUCAUUCUGCAUUUCUGUUUUCAUGCUUUCUUUGUUUUUAAUUUUCUGUUUUCAUGCUUUCUUUGUUUUUAAUUUUUCAAAUGACAUAUUUGUGAGAUAAUCAAAACAGGAGGGAGUUGAAGAUUUCUAGAUUUGGAUUUGGCUAAAAUUUUGCGAGAAAUGUCAGCUUGUAUAAGUCGAUGAUCCUAAAUGAAAAAAGAAUUUCCUUGCCCAAUGAAUGUGAUUGUUUUCGAUUUAGG